GCGGAUUUCAAGGACGUUGGGGGUCGCACGGCCCAUUGCGGGAUAGAGAGUUACAGAGACGACCAAGGUUUCAAUGCGCGACGUUGGGAUGAAGGUUUCGCCGACUGCUGGGAUUAUGAGGAGCAACAUGAAGACGACGGCUUCGAUGUGUUCAGUUGUCGUAAUUUGCAUCGGGGCGAUGCGGGUUUCUGGAAGUCGAGGGUGUCUGCUAGGAUGGCGUUCGCCGGCGCGAGCUUACCGUUCGAGGGGUCAAGCGCAUGGUUCACCGAGGAAGUCGACGACUCCGACAUGGGCGAUUUCUGCGAUGGUCUGCUGGUUUUCAUUGAGGAGGCCCCCGGAGACAGAGAAACAUCUUUGAGGGGACAUGGGCCCCGCCCUCGCUUUCAGAAUUUACCCGGUGACAUGGCUUUCUGGGAUUAUUUGGCAAUGAAGAGAUUAGGAAAAACAAAAGUUGAACUAUCAGUGUCAAGUGAAUGGUCACCAGAUGAACGAUAUUUUCUGACUGCCACCACAGCUCAAAGACUGUAG